AUGAUAACCUCCACCAAGCUGGACCUCCACCAAACUGGACCUCCACCAAACUGGACCUCCACCAAGCUGGACCUCCACCAAGCUGGACCUCCAUCAAGCUGGACCUCCACCAAGCUGGACCUCCACCAAGCUGGACCUCCACCAAGCUGGACCUCCACCAAGCUGGACCUCCACCAAGCUGGACCUCCAUCAAGCUGGACCUCCACCAAGCUGGACCUCCAUCAAGCUGGACCUCCAUCAAGCUGGACCUCCACCAAGCUGGACCUCCAUCAAGCUGGACCUCCACCAAGCUGGACCUCCACCAAGCUGGACCUCCAUCAAGCUGGACCUCCACCAAGCUGGACCUCCACCAAACUGGACCUCCACCAAGCUGGACCUCCACCAAGCUGGACCUCCACCAAGCUGGACCUCCACCAAACUGGACCUCCACCAAGCUGGACCUCCACCAAGCUGGACCUCCACCAAACUACCACCACAUUAACCUCCACUAUUUGA